AUGGAGAAGGAAUCAAAUACCAGGGCACCCGAUGGGAAAGAUAUUGCUGGAAAUGCAAAGGUAAAAUAUAUUGUGUUCAGCCUCUGCCAGUAUAUUUGCACGUAUUAUUUGUUUAGCUGUCCUGGCACCACGCCCGCUAAGUCAUCUUCUGCUAUCUGCAUAGAUUAUUGGAACGCUUCGUUGUCAGCUGGUCCAUACCAAAUACCUACUCUCGCUCAACUGCGUGCUGAACAACAUCAUAUCACAUCACCGCCUUCGUUAUCACCUACCUACCCGCGAGUACCACACUUGCCCUUACCUUCCAGCUUCGACAAUAGCCCUAGCGAGAACCCAUCACCCAGCUGUCCCUACCCUCUUGACGGCUCGAACGAACGCAUUGCACGACUGAGGACUGAGUUGCAAGGUGUAAGAACUGGUAUCCAACGUAUAGUGUCAGGGUUGCACGAUUUGAACGAGACGACCCAUCAGCAAGAGCUUGCCGCUCAGGCCAGCAAUCUUCCUUCUUUUACCAUGUCUACACGAUCCGAGCGCUCACCUCCACAAGCAUCACGAUCAGUAUUCCAAGGUAAUCUUGACGCUUCUGCAUGGUCAGCAAACGUCCCUAGCCCGCCACGGUUCCACAAUCCUUCGACUGUCAGAAACCUUCCUCGUCUAGACACAGUGAGGCCAAGACCGAGCGGACAGGAUCCAAUGCUCCGAAUUCGGCAACGCGCGUACCUUGAAUCAGAUCAGCAACGUCAGACGGGUCCUAUCAACCCAGCCGGUGACAUAACGGCUCGUAACGCUCACCCACGAGCGGGACUCGAGAACCCUUUCCAGAUCCUUGGAAGUAGAGAGGAAGUCGAACGCCCUGACUACCAGAGCCCUGUUACAAACAUGUACAGCAAUACGUGGGGUGAGUAUCGGAAUGCCGAAGCAGCAAGACAGAGUCAGAAUGCUGCUGCUUCGAAUGGGAUCUCUGCAGCAGAAAGCCGACAAACAAUGAUCGCAAACCCACUGAUAAAUCCUCCUGCUAUGCCACAAUACACGUCAACCUACUUUGCAACUCCAGGGCCUAACGGUCCCCAGCCAUACCUGAAUCCCAUAAGCCUACAAGGCAUUACAACGCCAGACAUAACUCCACCAGCGCGACAUCCACAACGAGAAAACUCAGCAGCACCGCCGCUACGCUGGUCGUAUCACCAUAUGGCAUCCGCUUCCAGCAGUCGCAGGCAACAAAAUCUUAGUGCGCCAGAUCGAGGAAGUGGGAGUUCUGAAAGCACCUCGUCCGUUCGUCGUCCGUCAGAUGCCAGCCGAUCAGCCACUCAGCGUGGUGAGUCAGAAGGGGGUGCUUUUGGGCGGGCGUUGGAAAUUUCUGGGGUUGAUGUGAUGGCAGCUCGCACAGGCUAUCCAUACCUACUACCUGGCAGCCUCUCUCGAGAUCAUUACGUCCGCGAGUAUCUCGCCCGUGAGACUGGGUCUGACAGUGAAUCUGAGCCGUUCCUCACGUUUGAUACACAGGAUCGACCCCCUCCCAUGGAGCCCGAGUCGAUGAUGCUUGACAUGGCGUGUUCAAUCUGCAAAGAGCAUCUCAUUGACACUGUCGUCCUUCCUUGCGGACAUGCAGUAAUGUGUAAUUGGUGUGCCGAUUUACAUGUCCCAAGUCGAAAGCACGACAAGAGCACGCCGAGGGAUAGAUCAGCCAAGUGUCCAAUGUGUCGGACGAAGAUCAAGCAGAAGGUACGUCUCCUCAUUCCCAAGUUCCCACCUUUUUACCAAUGCAAACAGUUCAAAAUCUUUCAUUCAUAG